GUUUAUUUAAAGCAUUCAUCUCAUGUUGAUUUCCUUGAUAUACAGCUUUUGGAGUCUCCUUCCAUUUUCUUGUACAACAUCUCGAAGGAGCAGCUUUUUAAUUUCUCUUGCUGGUUCAAGUCUGAGAAAAGAUCAUGGAAUGCUCCGCACAUGAACAUAUAACUUCAGUGGGUUUUCCUUUUGCUUGGGAAGAAAAGGCACCUUCCCCUCGCCCACAUACUCCAUGUGUUGGAGGAAUCAGCAUACCUCCUUCUCCCCAAACUUUCUCCGAAUAUUUUCAAGAUACCCUGCUUGCUACAAGUCUUCCCCAAGAUCCUAUGAUGUUCCAGCUGGCUACAUUCUCGCAUUUACAAACCACAGAGUAUGUUGGUUCCCUGCCAAGUGAUCUUCUGACCACCCACCAACAAUUAGAUCUUAAUACAUCAUUCUCAAAGGAACUGGCUAUGUCCUUCCAUUUUAGAACUGGUGUUUCUGGCUGUGGAAACUUAUUGCCAACUCAUUCUUUAGCAAGCCAAAGCAAUGCACAAUCAGUGGCUCUGCCUCUUGGGCUUGACCAACACCAAGGGAUUUCAUCAGUCUCAGAACCAGCUGUUGAUGCUUCGCAAAAUCCGCAACAGUCAAAACCAUUGAGUAAGCAUCAAAUCUACAGAAGGCGUGUGAAAGGGAAAUCAAAGUUCAAGGAUCUUUCACAUCAAGUUCUGAAUGAACACAUCAAAAUGCUGAAUGAAGAUUUUGUAAGGAUAACAGGUGAACUUAAAGCCAAGGAUGAGCAGCUUUCCCAUCUCAAAUCGGAGAAUCACAGGCUCAGGAACGAAAACAAACGUUUGAAAUUGCUUCCAUAGGUUAGGAUUUUGUGACUUUGAAACGACCACCUAUACUUGUUUUUCUUUUUUUUUUUU